GAACGAAGGGAAGCGAUGCGAAGCCAAACUCUCACGGGCUGAACUGACCCUCCCUAGGGCUGUUACCGUUUUCAUGUCCGGGGAAUAAGCUCCGCCCCUGGAGUCCGACUUUCCCCUCUGCCUAUAUGACGCUCUCACCCGCGGAUCGCCCCAGACCUUUAGGUGACGCCCGGAAGGUUUUCCUCUCCCAGCCCGGGAAGAGAGAGAGAGAGUGACGGGCGCUCUUGGCUUCCAGAGCGGCCGAGGUGCUGAAGGAAAAGCCUGGCGGCGUUAGCGCUUCCUCUCCGCCUGCUUUCUUUCUGAGACGGCGAUGGAGUCGGCGGCGGGGCUGGCUUGCAGCUUGCUGUGCUCCCGAGCUUUCUGGCAAGGCGUCUCCGGCCCGCAGGAGGAGCAGUUGAUGAAAAUGAUGAGCUACGCGCUGGUGGGCUUCCUAGUUCUGGCGUUCGUGUUGGUCCUCCGCGGGUCCGCUGCACCGUACGGCCGCUACGCUUCAGCCUCUUACGGCUGCCUUGUUCCGGCUAACCUGGCGUGGAUGGUGCAAGAAGCGCCUGCCUUUCUUUUCCCUGUAAUGCUCGUGCUGUGCAGCGGCGGGGACCGUCUCGACUUCUGGCCCAACCGCUUUCUGCUGGGACUCUUCCUCGUCCAUUACUUUUACAGAUCAUUCAUCUUUCCUUUCUUAAUCCGUGGAGGAAAAUCAACACCACUUUUUUCAUUUGUGUCAGCAUUUAUAUUCUGCUCAUAUAAUGGGUAUUUGCAAGGCCGGAGUUUAACUAAUUAUGCAGAAUAUUCAUCCAACUGGAUAACAGAACUACGUUUCAUUCUUGGGACUGUGGCCUGGCUAGGUGGUCUCCUGAUUAACAUGCACUCUGAUUAUAUUUUGAGAAACCUAAGAAAACCAGGGGAGACUGGGUAUAAAAUCCCAAGAGGAGGAAUGUUUGAAUACGUAACUGGAGCUAACUUCUUUGGGGAAAUUGUUGAGUGGUGUGGAUUUGCAUUUGCAUGCAACACAUUAGAAAGUGCAGCUUUUGCCACUAGUACAUUACUGGUAUUAGGAAACCGAGCGUAUGCACACCAUCAAUGGUAUCUCAACAAGUUUGAAGACUAUCCACGUUCCAGGAAAAUUUUAAUUCCAUUUAUAUUCUGAAUCAGAAUAUUCAAAAUUUUCAGCAAUGGGUUCUCUCCUCGGUUGCUGGGUGGGCAUGGCUAUGGUGGGUGUGGCCUAGUCGGCCUCCUGCAC